UUUUGAAAAAAAAUGUUAUUUCCCUUACAUUUGUAUUAAUGGACAUUCAAAAGAAGUGUACAAAAUACCUUGUCAUACCGGAGAAGAUUUCUACAUUGAGGAUUUUGUGUUGUAUACUUCUCGAGUUAGAAAAGAUGAAUGUUUAGAUCAGAAUGGAUUUAACUACAAUCAAACAAUAACAGCUUCAUGUCUGAACAAAGAAAAUAAAGAUCUUUCCAAACGGAUUGCUUCAACUUUGAUGAGCUUUAGAAAUAAUAUUCUUGAAGCCCUAUCAUCGUUAAAUAAAAUUGUCCAAGGCGUCCAUUUGCUAUGUGUAGACUACCUUUGCAUUCCAGAUACAGAUGGAUUUGAAGUCGACAUCUGCUCUUUUUCAAGUUUAGUAGGAUGCAAGUCUUUUUAUAUAUUGUUCAAAUCGAAACUAAUGAGCUCUGAAAUACGACCAUCCUCUUGUUCUUGUUCUAUCAAGUCGCCAAGUAAGGGUAUAACAGUCAGACCUCUUGAUGUUAGACUCAAAGCGACUGAUACAUUACGAAGUUAUCAGGGAAGGGAUGAUAUUGGCUACGACAUAUUUAAGAAAAACUAUUUUUUGUGGAGUAUGGAUGGUCCUAAAGUUUUUCAUACUGAUUACCUCAACAUUACCCUAACAUCCAGAGAAAAAUGGCAGCCUUGGAACAACUUGUUGAUCAGAAUACGAGAUGAUUUUAUGAGUGUGAUGAAUGUGACCUGUGGACCAGUGUGCGGCAGCGCUGAAAACAAGACAGCAAUAGUUCCAUUGGUUUCUUAUCAGUCCUCUGACCAUUCUGAAUAUAUAUCGGCUAUUGUAGUGUUGUGUCUGGUAGCUGUGGGCUUUAUCAUAUCAACAAUAGUUGCCUGCUACAAGUAUCGCAAGAUUCUAAGGGAAAGACUUGCUCAAGAAUCUAGAUCUAAUUACGAUCAUUUAGAUUCUCUCAUGAAUGAUGCGUCAAACUAUCAGAUACCGCAGGCGACAUCUACCGGCUGGACAGGUGGAUCAGGACAGUCUUCUGCUACCCAGCAACAGCAAGAAGAGACCGUCCAGCACUACUACAGUACUGUAAGCUAAGCCCUGAGUCCUAUGUUGUUCCAUAGGACAUCGUUUCGAAAGCUCUAGACCUAGAGAGAACUUAUGCCGACGUGUUAACUGUUCAACCCUAACAUUUUAAAUCAACCAGUGGAAAAACUCAUAAGAUAAAACAUAUAUAGAGAGCUUUGUAACUAGGAACUUUUUAUUUCAGUUGCCUGAGUUAGAGUGUAUGUCUAAAGUUAUUUUAUUAGGUUGAAAUAUAUUCUUUAUACUGUAUUUUUACUUUCUUCCAAUCAAUGAAUUGAAUAAUAACAAAAUUGGCCUGCACGCACUUUCAAUGAAUUGUAUUACUAUAAAAUCUUUGACAUUUCAUCCAUUUAUGUAAUUCAGUUUCUACGUAUUUAUGCUAUGCUUUGAUUAAUACAUAAAAAAAGAAACAGUAGCAUUAGUUUACCACUCAACAAACAUACAUUAUAAUUCCAUAUGUAAUAUAGAGAGUACAAAGUAAGAAGUAAGGAGGGUAUUAUACAAUAUAAUGCAAAAAUAACAUUGUUUUAUUGUUUAUAAUGCACGAGAUAAAUGCCUAGAUCAGUUAUACGCAAAUCAAGAACCGCAGACAGAGGGUAAUAUUCGGCUACAAAUUAUAAUAAUUUAAAUAGAAUAAAUGCAUCUUACAAAUGUGUAAUUUAUUUUAUGCGAUGACAAAAGGUUUUUGAACUAAGGACAAACAUAAGAUUAUCCUUCUUUAGGUACUUGCCAACUCUUAAGUGUUUAUUGCUAUUUUUAAAGGUAAGUAAGGGUCAGGGUUAGAGUAGUCCCCAUACGUUUCUUGAAAGUGCAGUAUUAACAUUAUUUUUUUUUUUUAUUUAAGUUUACAAUAUCUAAGGUUAAAGGGUUUGAAAAGACUAAUUUUUACUUGAAUAUACUUAUAGGAAAUUGAAUAAGCAUAAAGGAAAGAAAGAAUAAUAAACAUAGUCUAAUAAUGAAUUAUUCUAAGUGGGAUCCGAUGUAUUUAAAGCAACAAUUACUAAUACAUGCAAACUUAAGAUGGUCCAUCCAUCUCAGUAUGUUACAAAGUUUUUUUCACAUUUUGUUAUUGCCUCGUGUGUUAUAAUUAUUUACUCGUAAUGAAUGAAUACAGGUUGUGUUGUUUUUUUUCUUUUAAUUAGCAGCGUAACUGAUUUUGAGUUGUGGUUGAAAUUAAACUUUAAAGUUGA